AUGGUGGUGCUUCGACACAAAAGCGUUGGAAGCUGGCGGUUGCUGCUCAUCGAAUUCGAGCUGAUGCACGACAAGGUGAGUUCCUGGGGCAAACGUAUCGUCCGCCGCUCUACGGGGCUGGUCGAUUACCAAGAUGGGAGAAAGCGGUACCGUAUGACGGUCGGGAAGAGUGGACGGAUAUCAAGACCCAAUCGCGCGAGAAAAUUACAGUCGAAUGUUGAUGAGGCUGGUGAGGAGAUGCUCGACGUGUUGGGUGCUCUCGGCCAAGUCAACGAGCAUUUCACUGCUCUGAACAAAUUCCAGCGCUUUCGCGAGGUGGCCAUGAGCGUCGUCCGGGAGCUUAACGGGUUUUCUCGCGUCAUCUUCAUUUAA